ACUACACGAGAGACCUCGAGUCAAACAAACUUAUCUAUGGAAAAGUAGUCUGUAAGUCGUUUAAUACAUAAUAAAAUACACAUAACCAAUAAAAUAUUUUGAAUUGCAAAAACAUAAAGUUUAAUGCAAGUGAAUUUCCUAAUAUAUUAAAAUGUCAAGUGGCAGUGCAGAAGAUUUAUCCGAAGAACCAGAGUGGGUGUUUUAUAAGGACAGGCCAGACUGGAAAGACGUCAAACCAAUUCCUCAAGAUGAUGGCCCCCACUCGGUGGUUGCCAUUUCUUAUUCGGAACAGUUCAAGGAUGUCUACGAUUACUUCCGAGGGAUCCUAAAACUGAACGAGAAGUCCGAACGAGCUUUGGGGUUGACGAAAGAUGCUCUGGAGCUAAAUCCUGCCAACUACACUGUCUGGCAAUACAGGCGGGAGAUCCUGAAGCACCUGGGCAAGGACCUGCAUGAGGAGCUGGCCUUCACCAGGCACAUGAUAGAGAACAUGUCCAAGAACUACCAGGUGUGGCACCAUCGCGGGGUGAUGGUGGAGUGGCUAGAGGACCCGUCACAGGAGCUUCUCUUCACGGAGCACAUCCUGUCGAGCGACGCCAAGAACUACCACGCCUGGCAGCACCGCCAGUGGGUCGUCAAGACCUUCAAGUUGUUCGACAAGGAGCUUCAAUACGUGGACAAACUCCUGGACGAGGAUGUACGGAACAAUUCGGCGUGGAACCAUCGCUACUUUGUCAUCAACAACUCUACUGGCUUCGUCGGCGAGGUCCUUGACCGGGAGAUCGCGUACACCAUUGAAAAGAUCAAGCUGGCAACUUUCAACGAGAGUCCUUGGAACUACGUCAGGGGACUGCUGGCGCACCACGAGGACGGGCUCGGCAGGAACCAAGUGAUGCGACAGUUCUGCGACGAGCUGUAUGCAGCAGGCAACCGCUCCCCCCACCUGCUGGCCUUCUUGGUGGACGCCUACGAGGACCGCGCUGAGACGGGCUGCGACGACUCCCAGCGACUCCUACAGGAGGCCGUCAAGCUGUGCCAUGCGCUGGCGUCUGAGCACGACACCAUUCGGCGCGAGUACUGGAAGCACGUUGCAGUGACACUUGCCGCCCAGUGACCUCUGCGUCGCCACGCCUCGCACAUCUCCGCGCCACGAGAGGUCUCGGCCGCCCACUCCGGGCCUGAAGAAGUCUGCAGUAGCAGGACACACAGGAGUUCCAAAGGAAUCAUGACUUCUCAGUGAAUACGUACAUCUGAGGGCAAGGUGAACUCUUACAAAGGUUAUAGCGAUGUGACCCCAUCCUUGCGGAGGCAGAAAAACUGCGACACCCGGCCGAGUGGAAAUAACAAUUAAAAUAACUCGCGCAACAAAACUAAAGUAUUGCGUAAUUUCCGCCGAAUACACAUCUUAUUGUCUGUCUCACAGUGUUCAAACUUAAAAACUGCAAAAAAAAAAUUUAGAGUCUAUAGCCUAGUUAACUUAUAAUUCAAAUGCCUAAGUUCAACAAAACCAUUCCAUUCACAAAAAUUCCCUUUGCCAGAGGCAAAAAAAAUAAUUGCUUGGAUUACUGAUUACAAAUAAGUUGCACAUUUUGAUAAACCUGUUUUGGAACUAACAGAUAAGAAAAUAAUUUUCCAGGUAAAUCAAAAAUUUAAACAAGCUCUGUUUGCCACUACCAGAAAGCUUGACCAUUACCGGCAAAUUGGCGCGAACAUAAUAAAACAUAAGAAACAUUGUUAACAUAACUUGGUGUGACCUUAAAGCUGUGCCAUAACUUGUUAUACCUACAAACUGUUCACAAUUUAAUAUUAUAGGAAAAAGAUAUUUAAAAAAAAAUAUUAAUAUAUAUCAUUUGCCCGUUUAAUUUUUUUAACCCUCUUCCACCGGUUUUAUUUUCAGUGACCUACGACAGUUUAAUUGACUGCUUCUCAUGAUGCUCUUCCUGCACAUCUGCCUUUUGACCCAAUUUUGUGUUGUGGUAAAAAAGUACGAAAUUUCCACGCUUAUUUCAGAAACACAUAAAUGUAUGCCAUUAACGUAGGUGAAAUGAAUGUCCAACAUAUGGCCAUUACCUGUCAUAAAUAAUGUUUACACACUCAUGAUGUAAAGCGCAUGAUGAACAACUCUCCGUUGGCUAACUCUUACUGAGUUUCGAAACAGUCUUGAGUCUAACUGCUUCAUAAAUAAUCCUUAACGUAAACCUAGUCAAAGAUGUUAUUUUCCGAAAAAUCUACAAACUUUACAUACAUAGUGUUAGAGACAAGAUUUUAUGGUUUUAUUUUUAGGUCAAGUUCAUUUUUAAUACAGGUAAUUAUUUUUUUUAUACAUUGUCGUAUUAAUAAAAUUAUGUUGUGUAUUUUUCAACAAAAAAAAUAUAUAUAUAUGUAUCUAAAAUAUUGUUUAAAAUCCUUAUUUCAUUACAAUAAUCUCAUUAUGACUCAAACAUGAUGCAUAUUUACAUUAAAAUAAUUUGUAAUAAGCAUGUCUAAACCAGAACUACUCAGAAGGAUAAAAAUAAAUUGGCAAAUUUUUGUGUGUUUGAAAAAUGUGCAUAUGUCAUUAAUGUAAUUAUGUUUUACAAAUGAGAUGCAAUAUCAAAUAUUAUAUAAAUUUUUUGUAAUCCAUUUAGUUCAUACAUUUUGUUACAAAUUCAUGCUAAAUUAGUCAAAUAUACAGUAAAACCCUGUUAAGAAGUGUAUCAAGGUACUUGAAAGUUUAAACUUAUUAGCAGGAACAUUGUAAAAUUGCAUGUUUUUACAGGUAAAAUACUAAGUUUUGUAAACUUAUUAUGCAAAAAAUUUUCUUAAGUGAGAUUUUUAAAAGUGUUUUACUGUAACAUUUGUGUAUUUGAAUUAAGUUUUGGAAAAUUGCUGAAUGGUUCAAUGUUUUUAGUUAAAUUUAGGUGUUAUGAUGUGUUAUUGUUAUGUCAUUUGUGUUUUAUUGCAAUUUCAUAUGAUUUUGAUCCUACCUAUUGUUAAUCAACCAACAUCAAUGCAGUGUUGGUUACAAGUCAAACAUAUUUGUUGCCUUUCAUUAUUAAACACAUUUGUUGAACAGACUUCUUAAUUUUCAAGUUAAACAAAAAGAAGAAAGAAAUGAAUUUUUUUACAAAAAUGUUUUGCAAAUACAGUUGCAGAUAAUUUUAACCUCAAAAAGUUAAUGUUAAAUCAUUUCUAAACACCACAGUUCCGCUUUGUACUACUCGUUACGGAGGAAAGUUUAUGCAUAAUAAAUUCUCUGUAGCCUACCUUCAGGUUCUUUCGAACGACUGCUAGCUCCAGGGCCAAUUUUUACGUCCACCAAAUUACUGAGGUGGAACAAGAAACGCUCGGCUGCUGAAGCUUUUCUGGACCUUGACGCUUUGUCGCUUGUUGGCGGCGCGCGGGCAGACCCCUCGAGCUGGCCAGUUCCGAAGCACUCGCUCCCGCGAAAUGUCAUCAUCGUCCCUGGAACAGACGCCAGUGCGCACGCUUUGCAUCUUCGAGUCCUUGGCAGACAGUCCUUGUGCCUGGCGCGGUCGCUCCAUGUGCAGAACUGUGGUGAGUCCAUACGAACGAAACCCUGCGAGCAUAGAUCCCCAUGCACGUGAUUCCAUACACCUGGCACAGCUCAAGAUACUUAUGAGCCUAGAUCAUCGGACAUACAUGGCACAGUUUUUGUACAAUGUGCUAUAAUUAGAGCCACGAUUUUUUCGCACACGCUAAAUAAAACAAUAUUGAGUGAUAACACCACCAAAACGCGAAAAGUAGAUAACGUACCAUAUGAACGCGAAAUACAUAACAGUAACAUCGCCAGUUAGAUGACAAAUUUUUGUUUAUAUCGUUUCUUGGAACAACUAUCUUUGUAGGCGUUUCAAACACACUUUUGCAAUAUAUAAAUCUAAUAGAAGACUUUAAUAUUUCAUAGUUUUUACACAGAUAGUAAUUUUUUUUCGUUUUUGGUUAUAUACACACGUUAGAAAAACAGUGUCGCCAUUAUGCGAAGAUUGUAAAUAGACACAGUUAGCCAACUCGACGAAAACGCACUUGUGUUGAGCGUAAUAAUUUUUCGCAUGCGUGUUUUAUAACGUAAUUUAAAAUCCAGGAAAAAAUUUAUCGUUUUCUGACUAAAUAAGUGUACCGCAGCACCCGAAACUUUAAAAUCUUGAUGAAGUGCAGCACGCAUCGCAUGUGUUAAGAAAUAAGAAUAUUUUGUUUUGUGUAUUGGCAUGAUUGCAUCAAACAACAUUAUUUUUGUAAACAUAAAAAAAAAAUGCAUUUUACAGCAUCGGUGAUGUAUGUAUAUACCGUGCUGCAACAUAAAUUGAGUUAUAUUUUCAUUACAUUUUAAAACUUUUUACUGUCGUUAAGUUUCUGUGGAUUUAUUUUCUGCGUUGCUGUCUUAGGAAAAGUUUAGCAACAUUGUGUAACAAACCAAAAAAAUGCCUAAAAAUAAACCAACAGUGGCUGCACGUGCAGCAGAAUUUUCAAAAGAAGGGUUUUAUGUGAGUGGUAGUAAAAUAUUAAUGUGUGAAUUUUGCGACUGUCGUUUAGAGUUUGAAAUUAAAGAUACAUUAAAUAAACACAUUCAGUCAGAGAGACAAAAAUGGGAAGCAAAGGCAACAAACUUCAAAACGGCAGCUUUCAAUUGAUGAGGCAGGGCCAGUGCUAAAACGAGCCAAGGAAAAAAAGAUGAAUUGGUACUGGAAACAGUUGAAACAUUUAUUGCGGCUGGAAUUCCUGUUAAGAAACUGGACAACUGCAAACUUAGGGAAUGGCUAGCAAAACAUGUCAGUGGUGCUGGUGAUAUACCUAGUGGAGACUGGGUAAGAAAAAAAUAUUCUCUUUUAAGGGAAAAGAAAGAGGCAGAGAUCAGAGAAAAAGUGGCAGACCAGAAAGUCGUAAUUAUGGCAGAUGAAACCACAGAUAAAGCAAAAAAUUUUGUGUUCAAUAUUAUUUUCCAAAUAUUGCAACCAGGGGCAGAACAUAGCAUUUUACUUGGAGCAUCAUGUGUACUUGAAGCUGCUAAUGCUGUCAACUGCUUGAAAGCUGUGAUUGACAUGUGCACCAAGUAUGAAAUCAAAGAAGAAAACAUAGUUGCAUAUGUAACUGACGGUGCUAGAUAUAUGACCAGAUCUGCAAGCACUUUGAAAGGUAUAUUUGGUGAACCUGUGUACCACGUGCAGUGCUGGGCACAUAAAAUCUAUCUGGUAGGGCAGAUCUGGCAGAACAGUUUGGAGGAUUUAAACCUCUUUUUGAUCAAGGUAAAAAAUGCUUUUUUGAACACACGAAAGAGACGGCAUGCCUACCUCAAACUUUUUGAGGGACAAGAAUGGAAAAGAUAACUUGAAGAUGUUUCCAAUGCCCAUUGUGACACGAUGGAACAUGUGGUUUCAUGCUGUUUUCUACCUGGCUGAUCACCUGCAUAACAUUGUUAGCUUCUUCGAACAAUUGAGUGAAGAAAAUAAUGCUGCUGUGAAAUUCAUAAAGAGACUGCAAGAAACUGAGAUACAAGCCCUUGAAUCUCGGUGUGUGUUUGUCACUGAAAAUUGUGUCUGCUUUGUUGACACAAUAAACUUUUUGGAGGGAUCCUCCUACCCAACUGCCCACCUCCUCUAUUCAAAGCUUCAGAAGCUUCAAAUUUCAUUGGAAGUUCCAACAAAAGAAAUUUUUCCAGAGGCUGUUGAAAAGUUACUGAGAAAAAUGAAAAGUGUUCUGUCUGCAGCCUUGAAAGAACAGUUCAAACAGACAUCACAGCUUAGCUUACUAAAGCUACAUGAUUUUGUCUCAAUUGAUCCUUCUCAUGCAAGUUUUCGUGAUACUGAUGCCCUGCUGAACCCCAAAAAUAUUGGGAAUGUGAGCAUAGAAGGAAAAAAGUUCUCAAAAAUGGUCGAUACUCUACCUUUCCUACAAAAUGUGCCAAGAACUGCAAGUAUACGCAGCAGCAGGUUAAAUGGCCCUUCAAAAGCUUGUAAACAGUGAACUACAAAAACCACACACAGCCAGUGUAGACAUAGUGAACCUCUUGUGUCAACUGAAAUGUGACUUUCCAGAGUUUGCUGCAGCUGCACUCAAAUUAAUGUGGAUACCAACAUCAAAUGUUGACACUGAAAGGUCAUUUUCAAAGUAUUCUGUCAUUGUCAGUGACCGGAGAAGAUCUCUUUUGCCUGAGAAUGCUGAACUUCUAACUAUGGUUGCUUUCUCAUGAAUCAUGAAUAAUGUUCACCAAAAUAAAAUACUGGCACCUGUAUAUAAAUGCACCUUCACCAAAUAUGGGAAGAUAAUACCAAAAUUAUGAGGUCCUAAGUUAUGUUCAUAAUGUUUUUAUACUUUCCUUUAAUACACAAUCUAUGCCGUUAAUAUUUAUUUACUUUCAACAAUGUUUUAAUUUACUUUGAGCAAAAAUUGUAAAUAUUAUAAUAGGGGUUACAAUUACAUUUACUAUUAUUGAUCUUAAAUCUCCUAAAUAAAUCAUAAAGGCGAUACCAAAAAAAUCUGAACUUUUAUAAUGAUAAAGACAAAAUAUCAAAAUCUUUAGGACAAAAUUUUCCAAAAUAUAAAACCGUAAAAUCUUUGCUCUAGCUAUAAUAAACUAGAGUGACUGUAAUAAAUGGAGACCCAGAAAUUAUAUGGAUUUUUUUUGGCCGGGGGUGCAAAUCUGUAGGAUUCACAAAGGGGGCCCGUGGAAAUUUCCAUGGGUGGGGGGACAACUGUACGGGCCAGAGAGUUUUGCACGUUGGGUUAACUGACACGUCAUCUCUGGGUACGGUGCUUGUAUGUUGUAUACUGCCCAUAUUUUGGCCUAUAUGCAUGCAAUAAGCAGAAAACUUUGAAAUAUACAGAAAGAUUUCCAUAAAUCAUAGUUUUGACAUCAAAACUGUUUCAAAGUCAUGCCAAACCUGUUUGUCACGAUUGUGUAAGCGCAUGUGAGCCCCCUUAGUGAGAGGCUUCUUAAUUCCUUGGCCACUACUCCCAUAGUUUUGGCCACCCAUAAAACUAAAUAUUCUACCCCAGCACUACUGAGUUGUAGGUGCACAGCUAUCCCGCCACUCCUCACUCCGACUGGGCAGUCAACACCAGUCAGCAGCAGAGAGACAGUCACAUUGACCUACUUGAAAGAAGACAAGGUUCUAAAUAACAAAUGAACCCAAAGGGAAGCUUCUGAGGGUACAGUAUGUAUAGGGCUGGAAAGUUUAGCCUGUCGCUAAAUGAAUCCGCAAAUUUACGGGCCUCUAAUUUAUUGUAAACUCAACCAAAUAAUUGAGUUAAAACAGCCAAUUCAUGUUUUAAUUUUUUAAAAUUAUAAAACAUAAAGUUAUUUUUAAAUAACAAUAAAAUUUACUUUUUCAUCAUGAAAUGUGAUGAGGCCAUCAGUUAAAUGGUAAGAAAAGAAACCAAAUUAAUAGGUAUAUGAAUGUGACAGUAUGCCACAUUAUUAAAAAAAAAAAGACAUUGUUUCUAUACUUACUAUGAAAAGUACUUAUAUUGAACUGUUAUUGAAUGUAAAACAAAUGUAAAACAUUUUAUAGGGACAUGAAAAUAUAUUUUUUGUUUUGAGUUAGGUAAUUAAUAAUGAGGUUCCAUUGUACAGUCUUCUCAGUUACCAAUGUAAUUAUUCAUGUGCUACAAUAAUCUGAACAGGAUAAUGAGUGUUUAAAAUAUGAGCAUGCAUACAAUUAGUCAUUACGAGUGUCAGUGCAGGAACCAAAAAAAUGUAUUAGUCUUAUUGGUGGUCGUUUGCUGAAAAAAUAUCUCACUAAAGGCUCAAACCUUAUGUGCGGUGAUUGGGGCUCCCGCUGAGUAAAUGCCCAAGCGCUAGUGGCUACUCUGCUGUGUGUACUUGGCUUGGACUUUGAUGUGAUAUUGAAUGUAAGAGGUGUUUGUACUACACGCUGCAGUAUUAAAAAUGGAUGUAAAGAAACCACCAGUUGCUACAUUAGCCUUAUUUUAUUUGUGAUUGUGGGAGUUUCUGAUAGGUCGAGCAGCAUCAACAGAGUGUUGCUUCUUCAAUCCAGAAGCUAUCAUGGUCCUGCUGCAGUUCAAGUUACUCUUUCUAACAAUAAGUCAGCACUGUGGAAAAUUGAAUGUUUGUACCUUUAUUUGAUGUUAGUAACUUAAAUUUAUAACAAAAAAAGUUAUAUUUGUCAAUAUGUAAGUGUAAAAAAAUUUUUUUAAGAAUAAUUAAAGAAGAGUCAUAUAGAAA